CACAACUCGACAGUCACAAAUACAUCCGACUGACUGCUCUUCCCAACGCAACGACAGGAAGUCACAGAAAACCCUGUCAAGCAAACAUGCAGAUCCUCCAAAUCUCCAUCCUGUUCGCUCUCGUCUCCGCCGUCUCCGCCGACUGGCCCUCCGGCUGGUCCUGCAAAGUCACAGACUUCUACAAGAACGGGGUCUGCCAGAACGGCCAAGGAGACGGAAACGCAUGCUCCACGGACUUUUCGUGUCUCUUAGAUGACCAUCCGUGCGACCCCUCUCCAAACGGCUACCCGAGCGAGGACGCCAAGUGCAAUGAUUAGAAGUGAAUGGCUGGUUUGCGCUUCCACCGUGGGUGUCGAUGGACGGCGCUGAGAGAGGAGGAGAGAGCUGAAGGUCAUUAGCAGGGCUAGUACGGGACGGCAACGCGGUCAGACGGCGAUGAUGCCCGGUGGAUGUAGCAAAGAGUGACGGCACAUUACUCUUUUCACUCAAAUGGAGUCGCAAUCUG